AAAUGAAAGAUUAAAAGAUUUAUGUUCAGUAUUUGGUUUACAAGAAAAUACAGAUUUAAAUUAAUUUUUUAGCUAAUAUAAUAUUUUUAUUGAAUAAUUAAAAUCUAUUGUACUUUUAAAAGAAAAUUUAGUUUAAUUAGAAAAUGAAGAAGAUAAAAUAUAAUAAAUAUUAGAUAAAAUAUUUAAGGAAAAUGAUAUUUUAUUCUAAGAAUUAGUAAAGAAAUAAAGUGAGGAGGCUAAAACUUAUUCACAAUUAAAUGAAAAUUUAUAAAAAAGACUUAUAAUAUAAAAAACCAUUAAUUAUUUUAUUAAUACAAAUAAUAUAAAUGAUAAAAAUUAUCAUAACAUUCCACAAAUAAUAUAAUAAUUUUAAUAAAACUUUACUAUAUAUAAGCCAUUAGCAGAUGAAUAAUCCACUAUAUUAUAAGGUUUGUAAAAAACAAGCUAAACAAUAUAUACAUUUAAUAAUUUACUUGAAAGUAUAAUAAAUGAGAACGAAAAGAGAUUUUAAUUAAUGAAUUAAAUCGAAGAAUGUAUAAAAUUAAGAACAGACUCUGAUAAGUUAUAAAUAUAUAUAUAUAUAUAAAAUUUAUACUUUUUAAUAAUAUAUAAUAGUAAAAAUGAAAUAUUAAGGAAUAUUGAAAUGGAUUUAGUUUAAAAAAAUUAAUAAAAAAAAAACUUAGAAGAAGACUUAAGUGAAAUACUGAGUGAGGCAGAUUUAGAAGAAUAUAAAAAAAUAGGAAAGAAAUUAUAAAAUUUAGAUAAAUAAUAGAUUAAAUUAUAAAAUUAAAAAAUAUAAAUUUAAAAUGAAAUUUAAUAUGCAGAAAAUUAGGUUUUUAGUAAAAUUUGUAUAGUUAAAAAUCAAUAUAAAAAUAUUAUUCAAGAAAUUGUACCUAAUGAUAUAAAUUUAUAUAAUUUUAAUAGUGGAAAUGAUAUUAAAAUUAUAAGAAAUAUACUAAAAAAAACUUUCAAAAGACUAAAUAUAUAAUUUAAAUGA